CGUCACUGUGGAAAUCAAGUGUCAGGUUUAGUGACCGUGUGUUGCCAUACGUUGUUAAACAUUAGUGUUAAUGUUAAUGAAGAAUGGCGACUCACUGAACAUAUAAAAGUAUUCGCGGCUUUUAUGAUACGACGACAUAAAACGACUGGUUUAUGACGAAGGGAGAGCUUAGAUCUAAUACUGUGGAUGUGACCUGAAAGAAUGAGUCAUAAAUGGGCUCCAAAUACCUGGGUCAAAGUAAGCAGAGCGUGCCAGUUGUGGCAAACACAUGCUCAAAAGUCAGCAGCAUCACCUCCAUUGUCUGGUGCCUCUCACUGCAGGGUUUAUGUACAACAGGCUUACUGCUACAAGGUUGGCUAUCUCAGCUGGAGGCACAUUCACCACCUGAGGAUCACUGGGCGCAAAGGAUGGCUCUGUAAAGCAAACCAGGUUAGACAACGACUUGGAUUCCACACCAGCACCCUGCAUUUGAACACUUCAGCCUCACGGUGGUCUACUGGUCUGAGCCAACACAUGUCGCGGGUCAGAACAACACUAGACACAGUUUCCAAAGCUGUGAGCGGGACACAUACAGAACUUCUCUCUAAAAUUGGCAGACUCAAGCCCAGUGCUUUAAAGGGAAGGAAGAAGGCUGAGGCGAGUGUUGAGUCAGUGCCAAAGGCUGAGGAGAGUGCUGUCACAUCCACUCCUGCUCCCACCGAUGCUGCUCCACCUUGUACAUCUACAACACCCAAACCUGCAUGUAACUCAUCUCCUGCGAGUCCUUCUGUUCCUGCUUCUGCUGCUACACUUAAUGCAAGUGCCACUACCUCCACUUAUCCUCACAGUCCUUCCCAAGCAUCCGUCACUGCCACAAUUCUGACUGUGCGUGAACUUAAGGACAAAAAGCUGAGACGCGUCGUUCCCGCUGUCAGAGCCAAUUCUGCCAGGAAACAGGAGGAACUUAAAUCUUCACUGAGUGAUACUGAAAGCAAGAGCACAACUUCCAAACAAACCACAGCACUUUUCCAUCCCAGCACCUUUUCAGUCAGCCUGGAUGAGACAUACAACUACCUGGCUCAUCACAUCAACUCAUACUUUAGCAGCAGUACAAAGACUCAGGACAAGAAAGUGGACAGUGCUGACAAUGCUUCCUCUCAGGGUCAACAACCUAGUGACCUCAUGCCAGUGUCUAAUAAAACAGUCUCUGCUGCUCCAGUUACCCCACCUUCCAUGAAGAAGGGCUUGGGACACUACCUGUCCUACUCAGCUCCAACUGUGCAAGCCUUUGUAGGAAGCUACAUUGCUCCCUUGGUCCCAAAGUUCAGGACAGCAGAGUCCAAAACUGCUACAGUGGAGGAAAAGAAGUCUGAGGAUGCCCUGGUCAAACAGGCUGAGGCCACAGUUACUAAGGAACAGAAGGCUGCCGAGGAGAAAGCCAAGAAACUUCUGCUUCAAAGGGAGAAGAUCAUUGCCAGGGUGAGCGUGGACAAUCGAACUCGGGGUCUGGUUCAGGCUCUCCACAGGGCAUCAGAUGUGAGGGUCUACAUCAACAGGGUGGAGGACCUCAGCUACCACCUCCUGGAGUUUCCGGAGACUAGUGGUGUUGCAGUCAAGGAGCAGGUUAUCCCUUGCCUGCUGCGUCUGAAACAGGCCAGUGACCCCGGCCUGAGGGCAGCAGUUAGAGAAGCCCUCGCUCUGGUGGGCUACCACAAACCUGUGAAAGGCCGAGGCGUUCGCAUCCUGUCCAUAGAUGGAGGAGGGUUAAGGGGACUUGUUGCACUUCAGACGUUACACAAGCUGGAGGCCCUGACCGGGAAACCUAUUUACAAACUGUUUGAUUAUAUUUGUGGUGUCAGCACAGGUGCUAUCUUAGGGUUCAUGCUAGGUGUGUUCCAAAUCCCACUGAACGAGUGUGAUGAUCUUUACCGGAAGCUGGGUUCAGAUGUCUUCAAGCAAAACGUCAUUGUCGGCACUGUGAAGAUGGGCUGGAACCACGCUUUCUAUGACAGCGAAGCCUGGGAGAACAUCCUCAAAGAGAAAAUGGGCUCUCACCUCCUGGUGGAGACAUCAAGAAACCCUGAAUGCCCCAAGGUGGCAGCGGUGAGCACCAUUGUGAACAGGGGCACUCCUCUGAAGGCCUAUGUGUUCAGGAACUACAACCUGCUACCCGGGGUGCGCUCUCACUACCUGGGGGGCUGCCAGCACCAGCUCUGGCAGGCCAUCCGGGCCACAUCAGCAGCCCCUGGGUAUUUCCAGGAAUUCCCCUUGGGAGAUGAUCUCCACCAGGAUGGAGGUCUGCUGAUUAACAACCCCACUGCACUGGCUAUUCAUGAGUCUAAGUGUUUGUGGCCCAACACGCCCCUGGAGUGUGUAGUCUCACUUGGUACGGGCCGCUUUGAAACUCCUGGCAAGAACAGCACCACUUACACGAGCCUCAAAACCAAACUCACCAAUGUCAUCAGCAGCGCCACAGACACUGAGGAGGUUCACGCCAUGCUCGACGCCUUCCUCCCUCCCGACACUUAUUUCCGCUUCAACCCCUACAUGAGCGAAGACAUCCCCAUGGAUGAGAACCGGCAGGAGAAGCUCAACCAGCUGCAGGCUGAGGGCAUCCGUUACCUGGAGAGGAACGACGAGAAGGUGAAGAAGGUGGCUCGCAUCCUCAUCCGAGAGAAGAGCUCCGUCCAGAGGAUGGCGGAUUGGGCCAGGCUCAGGGCUGACAUGUAUAACCGUCUGUCCUUUAAGUUGUCUAAACUCUAGAUCCAACACAAGCCACCUUUACCCAACAAAAUGGAGCUCUUCCCUCAUUGUAAAUUGCCUAGAAUAUGUCAUGCUACCAUUAUGUGUCGUAGUUAUUGACUUCUUGAUCUGUAGCUCUGAAAAACGUUGUGUACACGCACAAAUAGGCAGUGUCCGACAUGCCAAAUACUACCUUCCUUCUCACUCUACACUUUGACAGUGAGUUUAGUUUUGACGUGUUGCAGUCUGCAGGUAAGUGCAUCUGGUUGCCACUGUGGUUGGCAGCACUUGACUUGCACUUUGUUGCGUUCAAAGGGGAUGUGUGAAAUGACAUAAGGAUUUGAGAGCUACCUAAAUAGGGAUUCACUGUCACGUUUGCUUGCAAAUUCGGCUUGUAUUCUUAAAGGAGUAGUUCAUUUUGGGAGAACAUUUUGGGCAACUUGCUUUCUUGACAAAUUUUAGAUAAGAGGAUUGAUACCAUGUGACACUGUAUGGUAAAUACAGUAUGAAGAUACAUAGCUGGCAAUCUGUUAGCUUAGCUUAGUAUGAAGACUAAAAUUGGGGAAGCAGCUAGCUUUGCUCCGUCCAAAGGAGACAGUUUUCAGUUUUGGAUGGAGGGAACCUUUCCAUAAUUUUAAGAACCCCCUUGUCUGUUGUGUCCCCACUAAAAGUGUAGGAAUGAGUGUAAUUUUUAGUUUUUAGGGAAUUUUUUUAGCUCCUAUUUCACAGAAGGAACCAUAAAUGACGCAAUUGUAUGUUGACUGGUUGAACGCAGCACCGACAGCUGCCAUUUUAGUCUUGUAAAUAACAGACAACUCAUACAAGAGCUCCUAAUGAAAAAAAAUGGAAACAAACAUGGAGGAAUGUACUGACAGUGAAGUCCAGGCUUUACUGAGCAUGUACGUGAAGGAGAUAAUACAACACGAUUUUGGUUCGUCAAAGCAAAAUAGACACCUGCCGUGUUUCAGUAUAUCAAUUUCAACCUUCCUAUUGGCAGUGCGAAUGCAAACAGAAAAAUUCCUUGAAGGUACGUAGUUCUCUGGGAGCUCCCUAGUUGGCAGCUCCUCUCUGUGAAUCCCCAGAACUGUUUGGACUGAAAACGUCAAAAAUCCACCUACAUAGCUGUUCCCCAUUUCCAGACUUUGUACUAAGCUAGGCUCUAGCUACAUUUUUACCGUGCACACGUGAGUAUAAUCGAUCUUCUCAUCUAAUUUUAGUCAAGAAAGCAAAUAAAGAUAUUUAUUAAAAUGUUAAACUAUUCCCUUAAAAGGCAGAAUAUUGUAACGUUCUACAGUAGCCAGUUACCGACUGUUAAACCAAGUGAGGACUUUUUAACCACUUGUUUCCUUUUUAGAGAUUUGUGAUGACAACCAGUAUAUCCUCACAAAUUUGUGUCUACUCUCACAGAAAAUUGUGUAGAUUGGACAUGUCUUGUUUGAAAUUCACUAUUUGUUGAGCUUAGCUGCCAAUCUGUAACUAUAAAACACCAAUGUAAAGAAAUGACGGGAAAAAAAAUUGUUCUUAUUUUUGUAAUCAGUCUAUUAGUGUUGUCAUGAUACUGGAAUUUCUAAGUUCAGUACAAAACUUUGGAAAAUAUUGGUAUUUGAUACCAUUUUCGAUACAAUGAGAAAAAAUUAACAAGGCGUAACAUUUGAAUUUUUUUAUUUAGGAUAAAUGUAACAAGGCUAUAACAUGACAACGACAACGUUGACUGUAGUAAACAUUAACAGUAAGAGACAAUGAGACAGUGAAGUUGGUACAGGUGUAUUAAUACUGCGGAAAAUGAGUAUUCAAAUGGUUUCAAAUACUCAGAUUCAAUAUGUAUCGAUAAGUCGAUAUUUUUGACAACACUACACUCUAAUCGAGGUCAAUUUGAGCACUGAAUGCAAGUGACAUUUCUGAGAUGUAAGGACAAAAAUUUGCACCUUAACUGAAGCAGCUACUGGUCAACUGUGUAAUUGUAUACUGAUAAUAGUAACUGGUACAUGAGGGUUCACUUCAAGCAUUACAGUAUUGUAUGUAUUGUUUUAUGGAAAUGCAUGUUAUAUUUAAGACUGUUCACAAAAGAGACAAGUAAAUAUUUAGUAAAAAACCUGCCAAGAAGAGGAUGUUGCAAAGAUUUACCCCAAUAUUUAAUUCAAAACGUCUAUAAUGAUGCAUAGUUAUGGUUACAUAUGUAACAGAUAUAUCAGGGUGGUCUCACUCCCAACUCGCCAAUUACGGCAACUUAGCCCUACACUUCAAACUAUGACACUCUACACUCUAGUAACUGUGUCGAAAGUAAAGGAGAAUUCAGGUGUCAUGUUAUAAAGAGCAACAAAGUCUAUGAAGGGAGGAAGUUGGGGAAGACGGAUGGGUCAAACAAACACAUGACUUUCAUCCGGGACACGGCGUUCGUGUCCCGUGUGAAACCAAAAGUCAGUGUUGACUUAAGUUGACAUAAAUACUAAGAAUGUCAGUUAAUUUUGCUUUUGACACCCAGUAACUGGUAAAUAAGUUCUUAAUUUUUCAGAAAAAAACAACACCAAUGAUAUGUAAUACAAGAGGCAUUUCAUUUUAACAUAAGUGCUGCAAUCCAUUGACUCACUGAGCUUUAGCUUUGCAUUCAGACCACGAACUGUUAGCCUUAAAAGGUGGUUUUGUAAUUUAUUUGUUUGUAGGCCUAAAUGUUUUGCCUUUUAUUUCUUUGUUGGCUUUGCUGACAGACAGUCUCCACUAGCUAGCCUUGGCUGUUCUGCACUGCUUAACACCGAGUUGGAUGGGAGCUAGCUAGCGCCACCGCUUAUUCGUGACUACCACUGGUAACACUUACCCUGUGGCGGCACAGGGUUACUGCAGAAAUAUGAUGGCCAUCCUCCUGUCUCUCCCUAAAUCGUCCUGGUGAGUAAGUGGCCUCAUUUUGAGCUUCAUGUCCCCUUUAGCUUUGUUAACUAUUUUAGCACAACUGCUAACGGUGCUAACAGAUCUAAUAGUGAUAACAUAGUUACCAAUGCUACAAAAGCUUUGAAGCUCAAUAUUAAGCUGCCUACUCACCAGGGUGACAUGGGGGGGUCAGGGAGCAGGGGAUGGAUGGCAUAACAAGUGUUAAUCACCUAAUGAGUGGCGCUACUAACUAGCUCCUACCAGAGCUGAGUGGUGCUCUGUGCAGUAAACUGAGGAGAAAUGUUAGUAAAAUGAAUCUAUAGGCUGACACUGUUAUAUGUUAACUAAUUAACAGUUAAGCAUUGACAUCCUGAGUGAUUAUGUAUGUUGACUUGCGUAAUGUAUUUAACUUACAUUGUGUUUGAAACAUACUUUCUGUAACCCAAACCAUGAUCAGGUAGUUUUGGUGCCUCAACAGGAAGUUUAUUUUGAAAAGAAACUGUAUGAAUGUAACGAGCAGAGACAGACACGUGCAAAACUGACUCUAGAGGGGUACGUAGAGAGUCAUAGUUUGAAGUGUAGAGCUUGUAGUUGAGAUUGAAAACGUAUUUGGUAUCUAAGUAACCAAAUGGAGGCUCGCUCUCAAAGAUUUAACUUGUAUGGAUUAUUUUAGCCUCAGAGUAUUUUAAGUUCGCUUGUUUCAAUCGCUUUUAUCAUGGUGUGCUUGAUUGUUUGGUUUUAUGGAUUCCCCACAGGCGCUGCACAUUUUCCGCUCUGUCUUCAGUGUGCCCUCUUUCUCUUUGAUGCCUCUGCUUAAAAGCCUCUUUCACCCAUUCUACCUUGAAGAGCUGUGUGUCCGUCCCCACUCUGCUGUGCUGUAAUGUCUGUCGAAAUCACGCAGGUCAUAGCUGAGGGACUGGUUUGAAACAGAUUGCUGCUUAUUGAUUUAUCAUGGUUUAAAUUAUCUUAAUGACAUGUACAGCUUGAAAAGAUGCACUGCAGACAUUCAUGCCUGACCUCUUCCAGUACUGUACAACUGAUACAGUGAUGUGUCAGUCACUCCCAGAGGACCUGAGGUAAAGUGGACGCAGAUAUUACCCUGAUUAAUAUAAUUCCACUGUUCUGUUGUUGAUCCUGUGUAAAGACUGUUUGAGAGUGUAUGUAAUUAAAACCUAUCAGUGAA